AUGGAGGAUGUCUUAUCCAAGUAUCCUCCCGACGAGGACCUCAUCCAGAGGAUGGAAAAGGAGAUUCAGGCUAGCGACAGGGAAAAUGCUCGACUCCUUCUGCAGGAAGUCAUUGACCAAACCAACACCCCUUCACUAGUCUGCCAAGCUCGCAUGAACCUCGGCUACUAUCAGAUGGAUGAUAAAAAGUAUCGGGAAGCCAGACGGGAGUUUGAGAGAGUCUUGACAAUGUCAGGCAACUCGACGACGACGCUUAGCAACAUCUACCUAGCUCUUGCCAAAAUCUCGACACAAGAGAGAAAUCUUGAUGAAGCCGAAAGGUUGUUCAACUUGUGGUUGGAGGUCUCCUCACGUAUCGAUGGGGAAGGAAGGGUCACCCGACUCGGGGUCAUGGCCACGUACCUUGAGUUCCUCAACGCCAGGAAUGAACAGGCCAGGGGUAGUCAGGUCGGCUGGUUCAGGGCAUUGGCCUCGUACUUCCCUUUUCGACACAUCAUCAUGAGAAGAGCGGAUUUGAAGGUUGAUGAUUGCCCCGGCCAGCACCUCAACUUGGCAAAAGCGACUGAUCGAGUCUUUGAGUUGCGGAACAUAAACGAAACCAUUUGCUCUGCAGGGGAUUGGAUGACACGUUAUUACGUUCCAUUAGUCAGGAGGUACGAUGAUGUAAUGCGAGAAUUGCGACAUGACCUGGAGGUCCUCAGCAAAACGGAAGAGAAUUCCAAGUUCUGUAACAUACUGACAGAAAUCACGGGAGACUUUGACCAGUUUGUUGAGACACGUCAUCCAUGA